AUGCAGUUCCGCGCCAGGAUUGGGGACGCGGCGUGUCUCAGCCACUUCACGCGGGUCAGUAACAUGAUAGCCAAGCUAGCCAAGACCUGCACGCUCCGCAUCAGCCCUGAGAAGCUGAACUUCAUCAUCUGGGACCAGGUGGCCAGCGGGGGAGUGAGUAUGUGGUGUGAACUGGAGCAGGAGAACUUCUUCAGCGAAUUUCAGAUGGAAGGGGUCUCGGCAGAAAAUAGUGAAAUUUAUUUAGAACUGACAUCAGAAAACUUAUCUCGUGCCCUGAAAACUGCUCAGAACGCUAGAGCCUUGAAAAUAAAACUAACCAAUAAACACUUCCCCUGCCUUACUGUUUCUAUUGAAUUGUUAUCUGCAUUGAAUACUAGUCGCAUUGUGACACAUGACAUUCCCAUAAAGGUUAUUCCUAGAAAAUUGUGGAAAGAUUUGCAAGAACCUACAGCUCCAGCCUCUGAUGUUAGCAUUUAUUCACCAGUCUUGAAGAUUAUGAAGAGUGUUGUGGAAAAAAUGAAAAACAUCAGCAAUCAUCUUAUUAUUGAAGCAAAUCAAAAUGGAGAGUUGAACUUGAAAAUAGAAACCAACCUUGUGUAUGUUACAACCCAUUUUAAAGAUCUUGGAAACCCUCCACUAGCCUCUGAAAACACUUCUCAAGAUAGAAAUCUAGAACAAAUGGCUGAAGUGCACAUAGACAUUAAGAAGCUCCUACAACUUCUUGCUGGACAACAAAUCCUACAAAGGCUAUAUGCAAUAUUGUGA